AUGUCCAAAUACGCCGAAAUGGCCAAGGGCAAAUUGUCCGCGGGCCGCGAAAAGGCCUCGGACUUCAAGGGCAAAGCAAAGGGCAAGGUGACCAAGCACAUCCCCGGACGAGGCAACAAAGACGACUCCAGCGAUGGUCCGUCUCACGUCGCCGCCCCCUUGAGCUCCCUCCGUGAUCCAAACUCGUUCGCUCCUCCGCCCAAGCGUACCGGCUCCGCCCUCGCGCCUCCGCCGCCUCCCUCCACAGCCAAGCGAUCCGUCAUCAUGGCACCGUCAAAGUAUCAAGACCCCCACGGGCCAAAGGUCGAGCCGCCGCCGAAAUUCGCCGACGAGAGGCAGCUGCAGGCGUACGAAUCUGGGGGGGAAGCCCAGCCAGCAUCGUCGUCGUCGCCCAGGCCCUACCGGGUGGACACGACGGGCUUGUCCACGCAGCAUCUCCCGCCUCCGCCGGUACGCAGGGACAGAGACGCCGCGGGCGGCCGGAGUCCGCCCUCGUACGAUUCCGUGGUCGGCGCAAGUUCCGGCGACGCCAAGGCACCGAGCCUUCCCCCGAGACUGCCUCCGCGAUCUGGUUCCGGAACGCCGGAUCGGACGGCCAGCCCGCUAUCGACGCUCGGCGUGAGCUCCAGCAACCUAAACCAGGGCGCCGUCAAGAGGCUCGGCGCUGCCGGCAUCUCCGUGCCCGCCUUUGGCAUUGGGUCGUCGUCUUCGUCCCCCAGCCAUGCCGAUGCCGAUGAUGCGGCGGCGGGUCCGCCGAAGCCGCCUCGGCCAAACGCUACGCCGCCAUCCCAGCUCAACGAGCUGCAGAAUCGCUUCGCCAGGCUGGGAACGUCAACCACUGUCCCCAGCGAGCCUGCUGCUUCCCCUACCACAGCCCCUGCUGCCACCUGGGCGCAGAAGCAAGCUGCCAUCAAGGCAGCAGCAGCUACGCCACCGUCGCCAUCUGGGUCGGUUCUGGGCCUGGCAGGGAAGAAGAAGCCUCCGCCUCCUCCGCCAAAGAAGAAGCCCAGUCUGUCGGCCAGUCCUGCUGCUGCUGCCCAGGGCCAAGGUCCCGCGCCACCACCUAUCCCCCUGUCGACUCGUCCGUCAUUUUGA